CGGCCCGAUUUCGCAUUCCUAUCUUGUUGCCAUUCUUCGCAUCAACUUGUCGCAUAUAUCAGCAGGCGGAUGGUAAAUCUCAUCACACCGUCAGAAACCACUGUUGAUGCCAUCUCGCGCAGCGUCGAAUCGAGCUUAUGGCUCGCCCACGCGCUGACACGGGGAACUUCCCCAAAGAGCCUCAUUCAAUAUCGUUGAAAGUGCUGAGACUCUCCCGACCUUCACUGGCCCAACAACAUCCUCUCCCCCGUGGAAAUGACACAAAGAUACCUCAUACAGCCUCAUUAGCAUAUCCAUCCCAAGCCUCUGACCAGAACUUCAUUUUGUCCACCAGCUUGGGUUUGCCACCAUCGUUCGGUUCCGCCCAUGUCGGCGAGACCUUCUCUUGUGCUCUCUGCGCCAACAAUGAGCUCCCCCCAGGACAGAUAACCAAAGCCGUUUCUGGAACGAGGAUCUUGGCCGAGAUGCAAACGCCGUCUCAAGCGGUACCCCUGGAACUCUAUGCCGCUGAUGAUGCAACGGAAGCUAGCCAGAGUCACACCGGCCCUGGGAGCGCCUUGCAAAGAAUCAUUCGAUUUGACCUCAAGGAGGAGGGCAACCACGUGCUCGCCGUCAACGUCACCUACACCGAGACCAUUUCCGGUGAUGGCCAAGCCACUGGCGGCAGGGUUCGAUCAUUUCGAAAAUUGUAUCAAUUCCUUGCUCAGCCCUGCAUGAGCGUGCGGACCAAAACCACGGAACUGAAAGCUGUCGAAGUUUCUGACAAGACACAUGGCCCAUAUGGCAGGGCGACGCUUCUCCGCUAUGUUCUGGAGGCACAACUGGAAAACGUCUCCGAUGCGCCUAUUUUGUUGCAAGAGACAAAACUCCAGCCAAAGCUGCCAUUCAAGUCGACUUCAUUGAAUUGGGAUGCUGAACAGGAUAACGAUGUUGCUAUGGAAUACCCGUCGCUAAAACCCCGAGAUAUUAUACAAGUAGCCUUUCUGGUCGAGCAGGAACAAGGUGUCGCAGAAGGGUUGGAGGAACUGAAGAACAGUAUCAAACGUGAUGGCAGGGCCGUGCUGGGCCAACUCGCUAUUCAAUGGCGGACUGCAAUGGGAGAGCGGGGCUCGCUGAGCACCGGCAACCUCUUAAGUCGACGGAAAGCAGUAUGAGAGCUUCCUUUUUGGCGACUCUUGGAUCUGGUAACCAUAUUUGUCUUGGACAAGGUGCCGGUGUCAAAAGAUCUUGGGUCGAGCUUUCACGGGGCGUGCAUGCCGAGCCCGUUCAUUUUACCGGUCAGUAUGCUGAUCCUCGAUCUCUUAGGAAUUGUAGGCAAAUU